AUGCCAUUAAAUAAUUGUAUUUUUGAUUAUGAAACAUUAUUUGAAUUUAAUUAUGAUAAAGAAGUUAAAUUAAUGAGUAAUGCAUUUUGUUUAUCAAGUUUAGUUUUAGCUGCUGAUCCAAAUAAUUUAGCAUAUCAAAUAAUUGGUCGUCUUUCAUUCUAUAAAAUAUGUUGUAAAGUGACUUCAUUUAUUGAUCAAUGUGAAACAUCACCUGGUGGACCACUUGUUUAUUCAUUAGAAGCACAUCAAUUUCUGGUUUAUGGUCUUGAAAUUAUUGCAGCUGGUCAACAUCUUCUAACAAUAUCAAAUAAAUUUAAUAUAUUUGAUUUAUCAAGUGGUGUUGUUGUAAGUAAUACACAUUUUGCAUUAUGGACAGCAAAAAUGUAUCAAGUAUAUACGAAUAAAGGUGAAUUAUUUGCAUCUCAACCAACACAUUAUCAAAUAAUUCAAAUUGAAUUAUUAUCUGGAUCUGAAAUUGAAAUUGUUUGUCGUUUGAAAGAUAUUAAAGAUGAUCAAGAAGUAGCACGUGAUCGUUUUACAAUUGAUUAUUGUUUUAUUACAAAUCCUGAUCAUCCAACUAAUAUAAUUGAUAAUAAUGAACCAUGUUGUUUAACUGGUGAUCAUAAAAAUAUUCAUAUUUAUGUUAAUAAACCACAUCUGGUUAAUUAUAAAACGGAACGUAUAUGGGAAUUUGAUCAUCAAUUAUUCGAAAAUAAAGAUCGUAUAUUUGCCUUUAUAUUAAGUAAUGAUGAAAUUUAUCUAAUGACAGUUACAUUUAAAGGUUUUAAAAUUUUUUCAUUUGGAUCAUAUUUAUGGAAAACAUGUUUAUUACCUGAUGGUGUACAUAAUAUAAUCAGUGGUAUGGAACAAUUAACACAUACAACAACAUUUUCACAUGAUAAUCGUUAUUGUAUCGCUUGUGUUAAAUCAACAGUUUAUGUAUUUGAAAUUGAAUGGGGAGAAUUAUUAACUUCAUUUGAUUCACAUUUUGGUCAUAUACUUGUUAUAAAAGGUAUAUCAAAAGGUAGUGGUGGAAAUAAUUAUGUUAUAACAAUUGGUAUGGAUAAAACAACAAAAAUUUGGAAUGUUGAAAAUGUACGUAAAAAAUCUAAACAAAUAUCACAAUUAGAUACAGCUAUUGAAAUAAUGCAUAUAUCAACAGAUACACAAAUAAUAAUGCCACAAACACGUACACAAUUAUGUUUAUUUAGUAUGAAAACUGGUUUAAUUGUUGGACAAUUAAUUGCUAGUCAACAUGGAUUAAUAUAUCAAUGUACAGUUAUGUGUUCAAAUGGUUUAUUUGGAGUAGCAGCUGAAUCAGAAGAUUUUGUUAUAUGGGAUGUUGAAGAACGAAGAACAAUUUCUGAAUCAAUGAUAACAGCUGUUCCAAAUACAAUAAAUGGUUCAAAUUUAAAUAAUGCACUAAUUGAACAAACUAUUCGAGCUGUGUUAUAUGCCAUAUCUGAUGGAGAUAUGAUUUAUGAAAUAUCAUUUAAUAUAAAACGUAUGAAUCAAGCAAAAAAGCUAUAUGUUUAUUUAACAUUACCAAAAUGGAAUGGACAAAUAUUAUUUGAUGUUAAAUUUCGAACUGAAAAAGUUGUUCGAACAUUAAUUGAUAAACGAAUAAUAAUACAUGUUUUUCGUACCGCUGAUGGUCAACAAAUAGGAGAUACGAGAUGUCCAGCAAAAGUUCAACGAACAAUCACAACACAAGAUGAACAAACAUUAGUUGUUGGAUAUGAAGAUGAAGCUGUUCAAAUGUUUUUUAUAAUUGAUUGA